GGCACUCGCGUAUGUGCGCGGCGCCCAGGAAGAUGAGGGUAAGCGCGGCGGGGCGGCAGGUGCCGGUGUGGGGGAGCGGGCGGCGGCGGGAGCCGGGGCGGCUGGCGGAGGCGGCACGCCCACUGCAAGCGGCGGGGAGCUCCGUGAGCGGGGGGAGGCGGGAGCCCGGUUCGAUGAGGGGAUAGGAGCUGGCGGGGUCCUGGCCGUCGCCCUUCAGCAGCGGUGCGGUGGGUGUUUGAGGCGGCAGCCAAGUUCCCUUACAGCCCUGCGGUAACCGCCAGGCUGUAAGGGAACUUGGCUGCCGGGCAGGAGGACCGCCGCGGUCCUUACAAGGGAAUCAAACGCGUCUGCAGAGGGGUGCGGAGCGCUGCCGCGGAGGCUCGGGGCUGCGGCACGUUCCUGCGCGCUGCGAGCCUAAGGGAGAGCGGAGGGAGCUGCGAGACACCGAGCAUCCUUAGCGCCUGCCGGGGCUGAAGCGGCAGUUCGCAUUUCUUUGGCGUUUUGCACGUUGACAAGUUGAGGGAGCGGAGCCCCGCUGGUGGCCGCUGCGCAGCAUCGCGGUGCCGCUCCGGGACGGAACGGCACUGCCCCAGCAGCGCGGAUGCCCGCCCAGAGCCGUGCCGGCGAAGCCACAGAACACAGCCUCGUCCCUUUCCUCUACAUCAGCGCCUUUCCCCAUGUGACGCUACCGGCUGUUUCGUGCAGGGAGAGAGAGAGCCCAGGGAGCUCCCCCUGCCCCCUUCUCACUUCACCUUCUCAGCAUCACGGAGGGAACAGCUGUGAUACCGACACAUCACGGCUCUUUCCAUCUUUCCCUACAGCGGCUGCACGUUUUGUUGGGCCGUCUGGGUGCGUUCCGCUUGUAGGCAGUUUAAAACCAGCCCCAAACCCCACAGUUUACUUGCCGUUGGUAACUACAGGAUACAGAUAGAACUUGUGGCCGAGCAGAGGGAGGUGGAAACCCCAAGGCUUUGUGUGGUUUUGGUGUUGCAAGAGCAGGUUUGUUUCCUAAGCAGAAAUCUCCAAAGAGACUGUUAUUAGAGCUGUAUGGUACAGCAAGUACAUAUUACAGCACACAGUGCCACGCAGCCCACGGUGGAAGGAAAGGUACAGCCCUGCUGCUGCAUGCGAUAUCUGUGUGCAGAAGAUGCCCUUCUGCAAAGACAGCCAGCUACAGAAGUGGUGAAGGAUUUAUCACCGUAAGUCAGGUGUUCUGCCCAAGGAUGACCUCAAAGGAGUAGGAGGAGAGAUGCUGUAUCACAGUUGGUGUUUGCUCGGAAACUAUGCCCCAGACGCCAAUAUUUUCCAGCAUGCUUGGCUCCAGCUGUAGUGGACAAGUGCAGCCUGAUAUGGGAGAGAGAUGCGUGGACCCCGUUUAUCAGGAUGGGAACAUUGUUUCUGGAUCAUUGGAGGCCUUGAUAGAGCGCCUGGUACCCACCAUGGACUAUUAUCCAGAUAGGACCUACAUCUUCACUUUCCUGCUGAGCUCCCGAGUCUUCAUUCACCCGCAUGAGCUCCUGGCUAAAGUGGGACAGAUGUGCAUUAAGCAGAAGCAGCAGCUGGAAGCCGGGACCGAGGCAGAAAAGGCAAAGCUGAAGUCCUUCGCUGCCAAAAUCAUCCAGCUCCUGAAGGAAUGGACUGAAACUUUCCCCUACGAUUUCCAAGAUGAAAAAUCCAUGAAGGAGUUGAAGGAGAUUGCUCACAGGAUCACACAGUGUGAUGAGGAAAAUGGCACGGUGAAAAAGAUCAUUAGCCAGAUGACACAGAAUCUCCUGAUGGCUCUCUCUGCACGGAGCCAGUACCAGGAAAUAAAAGAGAAAUUCCGGCAACCUGCUACUGACAAAGGCACCAUCCUCAAAACCAAGCCACAGUCUACUCAGAAGGACAUCCUGAGUGUUUGCUGUGACCCUCUGAUCUUGGCACAACAGCUAACCCACAUUGAACUGGAACGGGUGAGCAACAUUUACCCAGAGGAUCUGAUGCAGAUUGUCAGCCACAUGGACUCCCUGGAUAAUCACAAGUGCCGAGGUGAUGUUACCAAAACCUACAAUUUGGAGGCCUACGACAACUGGUUCAAUUGUCUUAGCAUGCUGGUGGCCACAGAGAUUUGCAGGGUUGUAAAGAAAAAACAGCGUACAAGAAUGGUGGAAUUUUUCAUUGAUGUGGCAAGAGAGUGCUUCAACAUUGGAAACUUCAACUCAAUGAUGGCUAUUAUCUCUGGCAUGAACUUGAGUCCUGUGGCACGGCUAAAGAAAACUUGGUCCAAGGUCAAAACUGCCAAAUUCGAUGUGUUAGAGCAUCACAUGGAUCCAUCCAGCAACUUCUGUAACUACCGCACGGCCCUGCAAGGAGCAGCACAGCGAUCUCAGACCGCCAACAGCAAUCGAGAGAAAAUAGUCAUCCCAGUUUUCAACCUGUUUAUUAAAGACAUCUACUUCCUGCACAAAAUACAUACCAACCGCCUGCCCAACGGGCAGAUCAACUUCAAGAAAUUCUGGGAAAUAUCAAGACAGAUUCAUGAUUUCCUGACAUGGAAGCAGGUCGAGUGUCCUUUUGAAAAGGACAAGAAGAUCCAGAGCUAUCUACUCACCGCACCCAUUUACAGUGAAGAAGCUCUGUUCAUUGCAUCCUUUGAAAGUGAAGGUCCAGAAAACCACAUGGAAAAAGACAGCUGGAAAACACUCAGGACAACUCUGCUUAACAGGGCCUGAGAUUUUUGGAUCUGAUCUGCAGACUUCGAAGCACACAGAAUGAAUGUGUUUUUACAACCCGAAAGACUUGGACUGAGUUAAGAUGACCUCACUGGUUGAGGUCUGUUUUGUAUAUACAGUACCUUUUAUGAAACAAAAUGUGGUAAAUAUUUCACAUGUCAACCUUAAGGCACUUAAGUGAAGGGUUUUGGUUUUUUUUUUUAUUUAACAAAAAAAGGGCAGGGCCCUGUUCUCAGAGAUGAAGCCUAUCAUGGGAGGUGGGAUCCCUGGGGAGAUCUUAUUCUAUCAGCAUCCAAAUUUUUAUUUUUUAUUACUUCCACCAAAACAAAACAAAAGUUAAAACACACAUCUCAGCUACAGCCGGUGUUAAAUACUCCAUUGGACCAAUAGCCUACACAGCACUCAAUACGUCUACCUGUGGUUUCAUUCCCAUCGGCGAGAGCGAUCGUACGUACGAGUGUUUGUAGAGCCAAGGCCUUAGACAUCUGCAGUAAGCCUGUUCCUCUCCUACAUCAGAAAAUAGUGCCUUACAAGGUACUGACAUUGUGUAGUGUACCUUCUAUUACGCUGGAUUGGAAGCAAGGAAAAUAAAAAUAUGGAUGUCUCAAAACCAGCCACAAUGUAGUUUUUAAAUGAAAUGAAGAAUAUGACACGUGAGGUAGAGUAUACCUGCCUGUGACACUGAUGGUGCAGCAAACGUAUUUUUGUUACACAAUUUUAAGAGAAGGUGGGGUAACUACUGAGGGUCGUGCGUCUGUGUGUGCGUAUGUGUGUGCAUAUGUGACUGUGCACACGUCUUAAUACUUCUGGGAACUAUCCUUCAAAUUCUGAUUGUCAGAAUGGUUUGUGUUUUCCUUUAUUAAAAUCAGGGAUUUCUUUUUAUUUUUUAUUUUAUUAUUUUUAAGAGAAGGAUGUCUAACCUAGAUUAUCUCUGCAAAACAGGUUCCAUACGUAUUUCUGCCAACAGUUGACAGGAAAAAAAAAUAAUCAUGCACAAACAAAGGAGAGGGAAGUAAACUCAGAUGUCCAACUAAGGCUAAAAUUGCCAAAGAAGGUCAAGAGCUCAUCUCUACUGACUUGGGUGUUUAAACCCUUUGGUUCCUUUGAAAACACUAGUCUGGACUUCAAGACCAAAGCAAAGACCGAUUUACGUCAUAAAGCUUGUUCUAGUAUUUUGCAAGCCAUGACAGUCUGGGGCAGGACCCACUGAAAUCUAUAGGAAAACAAUAUAAGGAACUAAACAAGCCUUAGAAUCUAGGUCAAGGUUAGAGAUAAUCUGUAAACCCAUUGAUAGUUCAAAGUAAUGCCCAUCAUGUCCAACCUCUCCUUUUUACCCUGAGUUUAUACUUAUUUAUCUACCCAAAUGAGCACAUGAGAAGCUCAAGACUAAGCUAUCCAUUCCAGAAAUAACGUUACACAUUGCAGUAUUUCUUUUUUCUUUCUCCCCAAAUGUCAAGUUAAGAAAAAAAAAGAAAGAAAAUAGGCUCAGAUUGAAAACUUCAUCAAUUAUUACCUAUGAAUAUUUACUUUCCAGUAACUGUUCUCUUAAGGCAUGAGGGCUGGGUAUUCUUCAACCACGACUGAGAUGGGCUGUCUUGUUAGAAUUUUUCUUUCUUCACAAGCCCUUUCAAGCGCUGUGGUUACAGCCUUCUCUCACUGACCAUCACAGAGGAUCUCCGCACCGCUUCAUUUAAAAAUGGUCCAUUCUGAGUAGCUUCUUGGUAUCCUAUUCUGCUCUGUAUUGAAGUGGAGACAAGACUUGCUGGACCGAGGGUCAGGUUUAUUGCAGUCCAGUUGCCUCUUCUUGCUGAGCGCCUACAGCCUUGAGCAGUGCCACUGUUUCACGUAGCAUCAGCACACACUUAAGAGAAAAUGUUUGCUGUGUUGGCCCUGCAGUACAGUGAAAUACUCAAGAGCCUUCCCUCUCUCUCCCUCCUGCCCCCUGCUAAAUACUUAAAAUUACAACGGUGAGUUGGGGUAAUAGGAGAGAGAAAUUAACAUUCUGCUAUUGCCACAGCAUUGAGAUCAAAGAGGAACAAAAACAAGUUAUGCCUUGAGGAAGUAGGAAAAAGUAAAACAACUGUUGCCAGGAACAGCCCAGAAAAAGGAGAAGGGAUAAUUCUUAUGAUCUGCUGCUAUUUUUCCUGUGCUGAAGUACCGACCUUCAGUCCUGGACUAGAGUAAGAAUAUUUAUACUGUAUUAUUACAGUGUUUUGCACUUUCAGAGAUGUUCUAGCUAGUAACGUUGUUGGACACUAUAAAAGGGAUUGUAUAUCAGCUUUGUUUAUGUAAUUGAGAUUUAAAAGGGAUGCUUAAAAUUUAAGAAAAAAAAAUAUAUAUUUGAAAUGCAAUUUUAGAACACUUCCUGUAAAUGUAUUAAAAAAAAAAAGCUUUCACAUGAAUGUGCACUUCACUGGUCAAUCAGUCCUAGUAUAUACUUGAAAUCAAUGCAGUAUCCACACUGGUUUCUUUUUCUUUUUCUUCCCUCAGUUUGAUACAUCCCUUAAAUACUGUGUUUUGCUAUUCUGAGCUGAAAUGCUUAAUAUAAAGCUGUACCAUAAAGCAGGAUAUUCUGUGUUUGACUGGAUGUGCUUGCAUUAAUAAAAAAGAGUUGCUUCAACCAGA